GGGCCCCAACCCCCGCGGCGGCCCCAACGACUUUCCCCCCCCCUCCCCUGAUCAACGACGCAGCAAGCAAGCAAGCAGAACUUAUUAUUGGCAGAGGCCAGGACUAACCUAGCCUCACUGAUUUGUGUUCUCGGAGGGAAGGGAGCCCGGCAUCUCCGUCCGUGAGGAAAUUCACUGUUUCUCUUCACGGAAGAAUCAAUUAGGGCUAGCUUCUGGAAAGAAAAGAGAACGAUAACGAAGGCAGGGAAGGAAGAAAGGGAGAGGGCUUUAAGAGAGAGGAGUGAGCGAGAAAUGAAAUUCGGCAAGGAUUUCCGGAACCACCUGGAGGAGACGCUGCCGGAAUGGAGGGACAAGUUCCUGUGCUACAAGCCCCUCAAGAAGCUCAUCAAGCACCUCCCUCCCGACCCCAACCCCCAUCCCGUCGACGCCGGCGCCCCCCGCCCCUGGGUCGGCCUCGAGGAGUGGUUCGUCCGAAUCCUCAACGAGGAGCUUGACAAAUUCAACGACUUCUACGUCGACAAGGAGGAGGAAUUCGUCAUCCGCUUGCAGGUGAGCCAGGAGCUUAAGGAAAGGAUUGAGAGGGUGAGGGCUAGCAAAAAUGGAGCUUUUACAUCUGAAAGUAAAUUCAGUGAGGAGAUGUUGGAGAUCCGUAAAGCCUUUGUGACUAUCCAUGGGGAGAUGGUGCUUUUGAAGAACUAUAGCUCGCUUAAUUUUGCAGGACUAGUGAAGAUACUAAAAAAGUAUGACAAGAGAACUGGGGGAUUGCUGAGUCUGCGUUUCACUCAACGUGCACUUCAUCAGCCCUUCUUCACAACAGAACCCCUCACACGGUUAGUCCGUGAGUGUGAAGCCAAUCUUGAACUUCUCUUUCCGUUGGAAGCAGAGGUCAUUGAAUCAGGUUCAGCGGAAAAGAGGGAGACAUCUGAUGGUAUGCGUAACCCAGAGGCUUCAUCAGUUCAAGAGGAUACCAUGGAUGUGUAUCGAAGCACCCUAGCUGCAAUGAAAGCAAUACAAGGCCUUCGCAAAGCAAGCUCCACCUAUAAUCCUUUAUCUCUUGCACAGUUCUUCCAUGGCCAAGAUGGUGAUGAUGGUUCUGGAGCUAUUACAGCUGAAAACUCGGCUUCCAACUCUCUGACAACCUCGCAGAAUCAAGAUGUUGAUCAAGAGAGUGUACAUUCUGGUGACUAGUAGUUAGGAAGUUGUUACGCUUUGACAUUGAACAAUCUAAACACUUUCAGUUUUAUGCUUCUGAUAACUCAACGAGAGUCAGGUGUCCGGGAUGAACUAAUAAUUCCAUGUGGACAUCAACUGUUGAUGAAGGUGCACGUUUAUUUCUGUCAGCCUUUUUUUCCGUAU